GGGAACGAGUGCCAUGGCGAUGCCCUGAGUCUUUGACGACUGUGCCCUUCCAGGCCUGAGAACGUUCACUAGGGCUUGCUCCACGCCUUACCUUAGUGGUUUAUGGGCAUUGUUGCACUGCUUAUUUGAGCUGCUGAACGCUAUAUACCAUCCCUCUACGUCGAACGCGCCAUCAAUCCUACCAUGAAACACUUAUCACUGAAAGAAGCCUUGCUUCCUCAGCCUCCCAGUUUCGUGAAAAAACAGUCGUAUGAGAUUCACGAAAUUCUUGGAUCAGGGACGUUUGGAAAAGUCAUGAGAGCGACAUGGCAAGUUCCCCCUGAUCUAGCCGAUGUUUCGCAAAAAGGGGCAUUCCCCACAUCGCCAUCAUCUCCAACUGACCACACCUCCGGUCGAUCUUCCAUUCCUCUUCUCCAUCCGCAUCAUAUGAAGAGGUCCGUUUCUCGAGCACAUACUAGCUCUUCCGUCCCCUCAUCACCAGGAGGACAUAACCCCGUCGCAAUAGUGAAAGAGGUUGCAUUAAAGGUCAUUCCAAAGAAGAAAGUAAAGGGCAACGAAGCUGCUGUCUGGGGCGAGAUGGAUGUCCUGAAGGGUCUUGACCACCCUAAUAUUGUCAAGUUUUAUGAGUGGUUCGAGUCUCGGUCCAAGUAUUAUCUUGUUUUUGAGCUAGCUGUCGGUGGCGAGCUCUUUGAACGUAUACUGCAAAGAGGAAAAUUUACUGAGAAUGACGCCGUUGCAGUCAUUCGGUCCAUCUUGUCGGGAGUGAAGUACCUACACGACCAUGAUAUCGUGCAUAGGGACUUGAAACCCGAGAAUAUUUUGUACCGAACGAAGGACCCGGAUAGCGAUAUUGUGAUCGCUGACUUCGGAAUUGCAAAACAUCUGCAUUCUCCGGAAGAGCAGCUGCAUUCGCUGGCCGGGAGCUUUGGCUACGUCGCUCCCGAGGUUCUUAACAAGCAAGGCCACGGGAAAGCAGUCGAUAUCUGGUCAACGGGUGUCAUCGCUUAUGUUCUGCUCUGCGGUUACUCGCCGUUCAGAGGAGAUGAUACAAACGAGAUGAUUCGGGAGACCACAGAAGCCAAGAUCGAGUUUCAUGAGCGAUACUGGUCCAAAGUCUCCGAUGAGGCGAAGACAUUCAUUAAACUUUUGUUGAACCCCCAUCCAUCGCAACGACCUACUGCACAACAAGCUCUGAACAAUCAUUGGUUGACGACGCACAAGGCUUCUACCGAACACGACGUCAUCUCGGGUCUCAGAGAAAAUUUCGACGCCCGCAAGAGGUGGCGCACCGCUAUCAUGUCAGCGCGCAUUAUCAACCGGUUCAGCAGACGACCAAGUACGGCUUCAAGUACAGGCAGCGGCGGCUGGGGAGAAGACCAUCUGCACGCUGACGGAGGCGAGGAAGAAGUUGAAGAAGAUACUGCAGAUUGCGAAUUCCAUGACGUGCCCGACGAAGCUCUGGCAUCGCUCUCAUUAGGUGGGAUCGACCCAGGAUCGAACGAGAACGUGAAAGUCAUAGGGCCGGAUGACAAAGGUGAUCAGCUGGUGUGAAUAGCAGGACAGCCUUUCCAUCGCAUGCCGCGUCUCUCUCGCAAAAGGAAGCAGUUCACCUGGUGGAACGAGUGGAUACCUCGGAGUUGUACGUUGCAGCUGAUGACGAGUCAGAGCUGAAGGUUCCGGGAUACCUACAUGGAGGAAAGGUUCCAUGGCAGAGUUCUUCACCCGUUUCUGGUCGGCAGAUGUGGUUCGAUAUGCCGAGGAAGUUUUUUGGAUUGUAAGGGUUAUAUCCCGUGGAUCUUGAAGUCCGCCGUAAGUUAUAUGUGAUGUAACACUACGCACAGCUUAAUCACCUAGCUGCUAUUCGAUUUUGGCCGUUGUACAUAUUUAUCGCCUAAGAUAGUGGCCAGCAGGGUUGAUAUGCCGAGGAUGUUGUUUUUUAAAGAU